UCUCCGUGUUCUUGUUAAAUGGACGGCUGGCUGUCUUUUGGAGCGACGCUCCUUUGGCGUAACUCGCCUUUUCUCGGGGUUGACGUGUUAACGUUGCAGUCACGCGAUUGGCUGGUUGUACCUACGUUACGUCUUUAGCUCGCGCGAUCGUCACCUCUGCUGGACUUACUUCAUACUUUUGUUUGCACUUUUUUUUUUUACGCUCCUUCGCUUUUUGUAACGAUCCCGUUCCCCCUUCUACACACCCGAGGGACCGAGGCACCGACGUCAAGGACCAGAUCCCUCAGAGCAUCCCGCCUUAUCACAGACACCAGAGGAGUCCUCACAGAGUCCACAGCGGAUGAGUCCACCAUGAGGCUCUCUAAAUGCUGGCCAGCACACAGGUGUGUGUUGGUAGUGGUUGUGGCUUUCGGGUUACUGUGGAUGGUCUCUCUCCCAUGGACGGGGACAAGAAAGCCUCUGGACUGGCACGUCAAGAAAUCACAUAAAAAGCAGAUACACGAGCACGUACGCCGAGUCCUGGAGGGUCCGUGUCGUCCCGGCAGCACCAGGCGGAGCUUGUUGGCUCGACUCCCCGCUUCCAGUCACGUGACCCAGCCCUUUCUGUGGAAGGAUGUUCCGCUUCGCGAUGACCUCUUCCGGUACUCGCCACCGUUUGGCUUCAGAGGCCUUGGGGCCAAAGUAGAGGACCUGCUGAGUCAGCUGCCGGACUCCGACUCAGCGCCCCAGGAGCAGAAGACAUCAGAUAAAUGUCGGCGCUGUUUAGUCAUGGGAAAUGGAGGAAUUCUCCGAGGUCUGGAGCUGGGCCGACUCAUUAACCGGUUUGACAUGGUUAUCAGGUUGAACAGUGGUCCUCUGGGAGAGUUCAGCGUUGACGUCGGGAAUCGAACCAGCAUCAGGAUGAGUUACCCAGAGGGCACACCCCAGCACUGGAUCGACACGGACCCGCACACUCUGUUUGUAGCUGUGGUUUAUAAAAGUGUGGACAUCAGUUGGAUCUCUGCAAUGAUCAACAAGCUCUCGGUGCCGCUCUGGGACUGGCUCUUCUUCUGGCAGAAGGUUCCGGAUCGACUCGCUCUCGAGACCGACAGGUUCAGACUUCUAAAUCCACAAGUCAUCAGAGAGGCCGCAUUGGACCUGCUGAAAUACCCUCCACCCAGACCCCGCCUGUGGUGGAGCGACCAGAAUGUGCCUACCAUUGGGGUCUCGGCACUGAACCUCGCCAGUCUGCUGUGUGACGAGGUCAGCCUGGCAGGCUUUGGCUACAACCUCUCCCAGCACGGGGCGCCACUGCACUACUAUGACCAGCUACCCAUGGACGCCAUGCUGAAGCAGACGACGCACAAUGUGGAUCGAGAGACUGAGCUCCUGCGGAGCCUCGUCAGAGAGGGAGCCAUCGCUGACCUGACAGGGGGGAUUCACUGCUCCUUCUGCCCCCCCGCCCGCCACACACGCACAACGCUGACCCCGUGACCGUCGACAUUGUAAAGCAUUUCUCUUUUCUAUCAAAAAAAAAAAGUGAUGGACGUGAACUCAGAAAAGCAACGGCGAGACCAAUGGAUUACAAAUCUGUGAGAAGCAAGGGGAGUAAAGGAAGAAACAAAAACCUGGCAGAGAGAUGGAAAUACAUCAGUUCUCAUAGAUGGUAUACUUGUCACAAGGUGCUUCUUGAAGAUCAAGGGACUUGAAAACUAAAUGAAAGUUACUCUGGUAACAUUGGUGCCUAUCAGGCUUUACAAGUCUUUCAGUAUUCCAAUAUAAAAGUGUCCAAGGACAUUCUGUCCACUUUCAAACAUUCACUGAGUUGAUUAUGUUUGAAUUGCUUGCCCCGGGAAGAAUAAAGCAUGUUAUUUAUGGAAGGUUACACAGGAACAGAGCGGAUCUUUGCUUCAAGCGGCAGAGUAACAAAAUGGACUGAUCUGCAGCAGGACAGCAGGCUUUUAAAUAGUUGAAGUGCAUUCAAAUGUAUUCCCUCACUGUUUAAUUUGUAUAUUUUAAAGUUGUUUGCAUGGAGGCGAUGAAGGUUCUGUGUUGCCUCCAGAAUACUAUAUACUACUACAAUAUUUAUCAUUCCACCGUAAAUGAUCAGCUAAACAAAGUAACAUUUGUUUUGUCUGUGUGAUGGUCGAACUUCUGAUGAUUCCCAAGAUAUUUUUCUAGAUUUUACAGCUGCACUAGUUUAUCCUGCAGUCUGCAGGCUGAACUGUAAAAAAACAAAAAACAAAUAGUGCACACAUGAAAUGUGUUAUUUAUGAAUUUUGUGUUUGAAAAUAAUUAUAUUAAUUCAUGCAGUCUGCAGGCUGAACUGUAAAAAAACAAAACAAAUAGUGCACACAUGAAAUGUGUUAUUUAUGAAUUUUGUGUUUGAAAAUAAUUAUAUUAAUUCAUGCAGUCUGCAGGCUGAACUGUAAAAAACCAAAACAAAUAGUGCACACAUGAAAUGUGUUAUUUAUGAAUUUUGUGUUUACAAAUAAUUAUAUUAAUUCAUCCUUGUUAUUGUUUGUAUUACAGUUGAUGUCUUUUUGAGCCUAAGCUUUCGAUUUCAUUCAUCUCACGGUGUGUUCUUCCACUGAUCCUCAUUCCAAGGAAGAUUGAAAAUAUUCUAAAAUUUAAUCAGGACGACUUGGUGGACAAACUGAGCAGAUGUAAUGAAAAAUCCUUUUCAAAUGUGAAAACAAUUAAAGCAAAAGAAACAUGUCAAAAGAUUGACCACGACAUUUUCUUUUCCACUACGGUUUUAGAUUCCUGAAAUUUGAACCAGUCUUAAUUAGUUUGAACCAGUCUUAAUUUGUUUGUACUGUUAUUGGAUGUUUUGCUAUUAUUAAAAAGGACAUAUAAGAAAUCA